GUGAUGAAACGUCUUAUCAUUCAUAAGGAGCAGCUCUGACACGACUUGGGACUAUUCAUUUAGCUCUCGAUGUAACGCAGCGGCUGGAAACACACAAACAAGUGACUGCAGGUUAACCAGCAAUGUCAGGCAGGUAAAAACUGCGCAAUUAAAUCCGCCGAAAUGAGCGACAGAGGCGAAAUGAAAGGGCCCGCAACCCGCCGGAGGAGAACGACCAUCUCCGGUAGCGGAGGCGGAGCGGUGAAACAAGUCAACGGGAGCAAGUGGCACGAUGCCGGGGAGAAAUCCCCACAGUACCCCGCUAAAGGCAAAACAUACGAGGUGUCUGGACAUGUGAGUAAUAACGGGAAGGUGAACAGAGAGGCGGACAAAGAGAUGAUAACCAGUCCGAGGAAACAGAAGACUGUGGUGGAAGAUUUUAACGAGAGACUCAGCUGUCACGUCCUCCAGGAGUCUCUCUUGAGUUCGGCCAGUGGCUACAGCAACUACAGAGGAAUCCUCAACUGGUGUGUUGUCAUGCUGGUGAGUAAGACCGUCCAUUCAGAG